UCUGAGCCUCAACCUGCGGGAGGCAGCGAUAGAACUCAACGGAGGGCGGCCCCUGCACUUCCCAAAAGAACAGCUGAGAACUUUCCCCGCCCAGCCCACAGGUGGCUAGAGGGUCAGACCAGACAGAAAGGAUCCGCCUAUCCGAGCCUGGGGCUCAGUAGAGCUAAGGCUGGUUCUCAAGGCCACGCAAAGCGCCCAAACAGGCAAGCCUAAUGCCACAAGAAAGUUAAGAUCGCCCCGGCCAGCAACGCAGCGCCCCGCUGCCACCCCCACGUGAGGCUCUUGCAACAGCUGUCACUGCCCGCGGGACCUAAUCCAACCAGGCAGAGGUCACAGCGGAGGAGCGAUGUCCCACCGCAGUCCUGGCAGGAGCCUCGGGCCGCCAUCGCUGCUGCUGCUGCUGCUGCUGCUGCCGUUGCUGCUGCCGUCUUCCUGGGUCGCCGCCGCCUCGCAUCCCAGUCAAACAGGAGUCUACUACGCAACUGUAUACUGGGUGCCCAGUUUGAAGACAGUGGAAGUCAAGAAUGUACUGGACAAAAAUGGGGAUGCUUACGGCUUCUACAAUGACUCCAUGGGAACCACGGGCUGGGGCAUCCUGGAGAUCAGAGCUGGCUACGGCACUCAGGUCCUGAGCAAUGAGAUCAUCAUGUUUCUGGCUGGCUACCUCGAAGGCUACCUCACUGCUCUACAAAUGUAUGACCACUUCACCAACCUGUACCCACAGCUGAUCAAGGACCCUUCUAUCAUGGACAAAGUGCAGAACUUCAUGAAGAAGCAAGAUCUGUGGACGCGGAAGAACAUCAAGGAACACAGGGAGGACCCGUUCUGGAGGCACACCGGCUACGUUACGGCCCAGCUGGACGGGCUGUACGUUGGAGCGCUGAAAAGGGCUUCAGUAGAUAAAUUAAAGCCCAUGACAAUGUUCCAGAUGCAGUUCCUGAACUCUGUAGGUGACCUGCUGGACCUCAUCCCGUCCCUGUCUCCCCCAAAAGGCAACAGCAUGAAGGUGCUCAAGCGCUGGGACAUGGGCCACUGCUCCGCUCUUAUUAAGGUCCUUCCUGGGUUUGAGAACAUCUAUUUUGCCCACUCGAGCUGGUACACAUAUGCAGCAAUGCUCAGGAUCUAUAAACACUGGGACUUCAACAUCAAGGACAAAUACACCACCAGCAGCAGGCUCUCUUUCAGCAGUUACCCAGGGUUCUUGGAGUCUCUGGACGACUUUUACAUCCUUAGCAGUGGCCUGAUACUGCUACAGACCACCAACAGUGUAUACAAUAAAACCCUGCUGAAGUUGGUGGUACCCGAGACUCUCCUGGCCUGGCAAAGAGUCCGUGUCGCAAACAUGAUGGCAAAGGGCGGUAAGGACUGGGCAGAGAUAUUUUCCAAGUACAACUCUGGUACCUACAACAACCAGUACAUGGUCCUGGACUUGAAGAAGGUGAAUAUUGGAAAGAGCCUCGAUGAAGGCACUCUGUUCGUUGUGGAGCAGGUUCCGACAUACGUAGAAUACUCUGAACAAACCAACGUCCUAAGAAAAGGAUACUGGCCUUCCUAUAAUAUUCCUUUCCAUGAAAAAAUCUACAACUGGAGUGGAUACCCAAUGCUGGUGAAGAAGCUAGGUUUGGACUACUCUUAUGACUUAGCUCCGCGAGCCAAAAUCUUCAGGCGUGACCAAGGGAAAGUGAUGGACAUGGCUUCCAUGAAACACAUCAUGCGAUACAACAAUUACAAGGUGGACCCCUACAGUAAGGGUGACCCCUGCAAUACCAUAUGCUGUCGCGAGGACCUGAAUAAAGCCAGGCCAAUUCCUGGAGGUUGCUAUGACACCAAGGUGGCAGAUAUCUUCCUUGCAUCUCAGUACACAGCCUAUGCCAUUAGCGGCCCCACGGUACAAGAUGGCCUCCCUGCUUUUAGCUGGAAUCAGUUCAACAAAACUCUGCAUGUGGGGAUGCCAGAAGUCUAUGACUUUGAUUUCGUUACCAUGAAACCAAUUUUGACAUAGGACAAAAAGUGAAGGCCGGAGGAAACAAA